GAAGCUCUGUAUUCGAUUUCCAUAAGGUGAUACCUUUGCAAUUUCAUCUGCAAUUGAUGCUUGAAAAUAGUGGAAUACAAAUUUAUAGCACAUUCAUUAGCUAUAAUACCUUGAUGCACAAUUGGCACACUAGUUUUUUGAGAGUGCCGCUUCUGUUAAUACGCGAUCUCUGUGAAGACGGUUGAAAUACCAUUCGGUUAUAGAUAUAGUUGGUUAUAUACUUAUAGUGUCAUACAUAUACUCUAGAAUUGUAAAUGCUAUAGAAUUUAGGUGGCUUUUAGGGAAUUAGGAUAGAAAUUUGUUUUGUUUUGGGAGUUUCGUAUGGAGAGUAAAUCAAUUGUUCUGUUGGAAAGAUAUGAGUUAGGAAGAUUACUAGGGCAGGGUACCUUUGGGAAGGUUUACUAUGCACGGAGUGCAAUAACUAACCAGAGUGUGGCUAUUAAGAUGAUUGACAAAGAUAAGGUUAUGAAAACUGGGCGUGCCGAACAAAUCACACGCGAGAUAUCUGUUAUGAGAAGGGCUAGGCAUCCCAAUAUUAUACAGCUUUUCGAGGUUAUGGCCACCAAGACUAAGAUUUACUUUGUUAUUGAAAUUGCUAAAGGUGGUGAACUCUUCGACAAGGUGUCCAAGGGAAAACUCAAGGAAGAUGUUGCUCACAAGUAUUUUAGGCAGCUAAUCAAUGCAGUAGAUUAUUGUCACAGUAGAGGCGUAUACCACAGAGAUAUAAAGCCGGAGAACAUUCUGUUGGAUGAAAAUGGGGACCUAAAGAUAUCUGAUUUCGGGUUAAGUGCGCUCGCGGAGUCCAAGCGGCAGGAUGGCUUACUCCAUACACCUUGUGGCACCCCUGCCUAUGUUGCUCCUGAAGUCAUCAAAAGGAAGGGAUAUGAUGGUGCAAAAGCUGAUAUUUGGUCUUGUGGAAUUGUUCUAUUUGUCUUAUUGGCAGGUUUUCUCCCUUUUCAUGAUGCAAAUUUGAUAGAGAUGUAUAAGAAAAUAAGCAAGGCUGAAUUAAAAUUCCCAACUUGGUUCCCGCCAGAAGUAUGCAGGUUGUUGAGAAAGAUGCUGGAUCCAAAUCCUGAAACCAGGAUUACUAUUGCCAAGAUUACAGAAAAUUCUUGGUUUAAGAGAGGACCUAAAGCUAAGCACAAAAAACUUGACGCAGAAACCACUAGCGUCUCUUCAGGUACAGUUUCUGAUCUAAGUGAUGAAGGUGAAGGUCUAGCAGCAGAAGCAAAGGAAGAACCAGCUGUGGCAACAAGUAUAAAUGCAUUUGAUAUCAUCUCCCUUUCUGCUGGUUUCGAUCUUUCUUCAUUUUUCGAAGACAGUUUUCAGAAAAGAGAAGCAAGGUUUAGUUCAAGACAACCUGCAUCGGUCAUCUUCUCCAAGCUGGAAGAUGCUGCCAAGCGACUAAAGCUGAAGAUAAAGAAAACAGCAGCUGGCUUGGUGAAAUUGGAUGGUUUAACCGAAGGUAGGAAGGGGGUUUUAUCAAUUGAUGCUGAGAUUUUCGAGGUUACUCCUAUGUUCCAUCUGGUGGAGGUGAAGAAAUCCAAUGGAGAUACAUUGGAAUACCAGAAAAUACUGCAAGAGGGUAUAAGACCUGCACUUAAGGAUAUUAUUUGGGUCUGGCAAAAUGACCAACAGCAGCAACCACAAGAGCCAGAAGAACAGCCGCAGAUAGAUGACCAGCCGCCACAACCACCCGAGUCAUAACAGAUUCCCGAUUUUGAAGGUCUUGUUAUUCUUGUACUUUUUACUCUGUCGGUUCAUCUCAUGGGAACACCAUCUUGAUUUUCAUGAUGCAAUGACCAAAUUGUAACUUGAAUUUUCCAAUUUUUUGGGCAUCUACCAGUCUUGCAUUUUCAUAAUGCAGUGACCUUAUUGUAGCAUAUGUUGUGUCUCAAUAUCAAAGUUUUAGUACAUUUCUCAGUUUUGCUCUGAAUCAGUCUCUUACUGAACUUUCCAGUUUUGAUCGGAUGAUAAUAGAACCAAAAUGUUAUAUGUCAACUUCAUUUGAGUUAAUCUACUUUGAUGCUUGUGUUAUUUCAUACAAAACA